CUGGACUUGGUUCAGCCCUGGGGGUUACAGGAAGUUGUAGCUGCCAUGUUUAGCUGCUUUGUUGUAGAUUCCUUGUAGGUUUCCUGCAGAUUUUAGCCUAAGUGUUGCAAUGGAACCGAGCUGGAGUACGUUUUUAUUCCAACAGGCUAAUGAGGCUCUGCAUCACCAGCACCAAGUAGCCGGGAACAGCCUCUUGCCCUUGCUUAGUUCUGGAACAGAGCCACCUGAUCAGAAACCGGUGCUGCCCAUUCCCUUGGACCAGAAACCCCCUGUCAGUGCUGCAGAACUUCUUAAAGACAAUGUGGCUAGUGGGACUGGGGGAGGAGGGCCUCCACUUGCCGUGGUCAAAAAAGAGCCCAAAUCAAAGACGCCCUUCAUUUGUGGCUACUGCAACAAGGCUUUCCGGGACAGCUACCACCUUCGGCGGCACGAGUCUUGCCACACUGGCAUUAAGAUGGUUUCACGGCCUAAGAAGACUCAAACUGCCCCCACUAUGGUGCCGCUUAUAUCCACUGUACCACGUGAGAAUAGUGGGAACCCUUCAUACAUUACUACUGUAGCUGGUAUCCUGACUACAGCCACUACGUCCACAUCCACAGGCACCAGCAUCAUGACCCCAAUGCAACACCAACACCAACACCAACAGCAGCAGAGCAUCCCUAAGAAGCCCCCCAAACCAGUGAAAAAAAAUCAUGGUUGUGACAUGUGUGGUAAGGCCUUCAGAGAUGUGUACCACCUAAAUCGCCACAAGCUGUCGCACUCUGAUGAGAAGCCGUUUGAGUGUCCCAUCUGCCAGCAGAGGUUCAAGAGGAAGGAUCGCAUGACAUACCAUGUCCGCUCCCAUGAUGGUGGAGUUCACAAGCCUUACAUCUGCUCUGUCUGUGGGAAGGGCUUCUCAAGACCGGAUCACCUAAGCUGUCAUGUCAAGCAUGUCCAUUCCUCAGAGAGGCCAUUUAAGUGCCAAGUAACGGCCUGUACCUCCGCAUUUGCUACCAAAGACCGUCUGCGCUCCCACAUGAUCAGGCAUGAAGGCAAAGUGACCUGCAACAUCUGUGGCAAAAUGUUAAGUGCUGCCUACAUCACAAGUCACCUCAAGACGCAUGGCCAGGCCAGCUUCAGCAACCCGUGUAACAAUAAAGGAAUAAGUGACUGGCAGUGGAACCACUCAGGGCCACGAAAAGGUGAGUUGACGGUAGGAGAGAUUUUAAAUAACUCCUUCCAAGUCCUAAUUGACAACUCUCACAAAGAUGCCAACAAUGUGCACAACAACUCGGCCAGUACAACGGCGGUCACCAACUCGGCAGCCAUCACCUCGGUUUUGAACCGCGGAGGCAUUUCCAGCAAUCCCAUCACCAUCGCUGCUCAGAUGAAUAUCGCCACCAGCACGGUCAACAUCACAUCCCCGCUCAACCUGCAGCACCCUGUCACCAUCACUGGCCCUGUGAACCUGGCCUCCAUCAACAUCCCUACAACAGCACACAUGAAUAUCGCCCACCCAGUGGCUAUCACCACUCCCAUGUCCAUGAAUAUCACCGGGCCACUCAACAUUGCCAUGAGGCCCAUGGAGAGCAUGCCUUUUCUAUCCCAAGUUCUGCCUUCCUCCCCUCCAUGGUAGAGCUGUUUUUUACCCUUUGUAAGCGCCGAUAAUGUUUUAACUGCCUAAUAAUGGACGAACCUGUCAAAUCUUAGUAAAAUGGCCCUUUUGAUGAGUUGACAGUGUGUCAAACUUGAAAAGUUGAUAGCUUAUGUAAUUCAACCUCAUAGGAACUAGUAGUAACUAAUGAUUGUUUCUUGCAGGGGUGAUUAUUAUCGUAUAAUUUGUCAUUCUGAAUUUCAUUUGUAUAAAUACAAGACAAAAUAUUUCUAAUACCCUUAAUCAUCAUAGAGUAAUAACGGUUUUGCUUACAGUCACUCACUGCAGAGUAUUAGCCUACAUGUGAGAUAAAGUUUGCUGCCCUCCACAGGAGAAUGAAUUCAUCAGAUAAUAUUAGGGAUGGGCAAACUGGAACCAGUUGUUUUAUCAUAGUAUGUUUUUUUAAUUAUUAUUUUUUUAGAUAUUGUAAUAUAGGACAAUUCUAGAUAUUUAAUAGAGAACAGUUUUAUUGAUGCCAGUUGGGAGUUUAUGUUUUUGGCUAACCCAGUGAAUUAAUUACCUGACAUAUCAAGGUACUUCAUCACAUUGAUGCAAAAAUUCUGUAAAUCAGAUAAACCAUAAAGCAGUCCAGCUCAUGGAUUUGCAACAUUGCCCUCACUGGCCUAAUACACCAAAAUGGAGAAAUACCUCAGUUUAAACAGUAAAGCAAUUCUGACAGAUAUCACGUUACCGUCUCAAAGUAUACAACAUUAUAUUACAUACUGCUCAACCCUAAUCUCUGGUGCUACUCACCGCGGUAUAGUUAAUCUGUUGUGUUGGGUUUCUGAGGGCCGUGUCAGAUUUGAACAGAUAAACUAGUUUGGCAAAAAGAAAACAUAAUUUAUGUAAUUUACUAAUUUUUCUCAUAGCUAUCAACCUCAUUUCACAGUCUUCAUCAGGUGUUCUAGAGCUGUCAUUGCAUAAUCCAAGUAUGGAACUCCAGUAAUAUGAUCACAGGUGAUUUUAUGGGAGGUUUGAGGAUUAUACCCGCUAUCUGUUCAAAGAUGUUCUUUAGGGCCACGUAGGAUUGGCAUCUCCAUCUUCUGAUCAAGACCAUGAUGUAAAGUUGAAAGCUCUGAAAAGGCUAGCAAAUGAUCCUGAGGUUCAGAUUAUUUGUCUAACUACUAUUUCCAAGGUGAAGACGCUCAGAUAAUCGAUACUUGUUACCUCUACUGCCCGAAUGACCCAAAUGAUGUCACAGGCCACAGAACACUUCAGAUAACUUCUUUCACAUUCUAUCGUAAUGUGAGCCCGUGAUGCGGGUGGAUGUUUGAAGGAUUACAUUUUGUGUGGAUAUUCUGUGUAAAUAAUGACCAUUUUAUGCCAAAGAUUUUCUAACUAUAGUGUUUCCCCCCUAAAUGCUAUAUUUUAAAAGAUAAGGGGAACACCUUGAAACGGCAUUUAAAGCAUAAGACACUAAAUUCUCCUUUUUGAAACCCAGAGAUGAAAUUGGCUCCUCAGGUGGGGCCUUCUGACCCCUGUCUGUCUGACAAAUCUUUCAUUAGAAGCCAACAAUACCCAUUAUAUUACUGCAAUAAUAAUUCAGCUUUUUGACAUCAUUUUUGCACAUUUUAAUGUUAAUUUGUUUGCAUCACUGGUAGUUCAUCACAUGAACAGGUUUCAUUACACUACUUUCACACCAAAAGAUUUUCUUCCACUUUGGUUUAAAAUUAUUGGGCAGUUAUUACAAUAUCAGCUGCUAUGUUGUCAACCAUAUUUUGUUUUUAUUUAUCCCUUGCCUACCCCUUUUCAAACUUGGGUAGUAUGUUUUACUAUUCCCAGUAGUCGAGGGUGAGCCAGCUCAUUGCAGCAGUGUUGGCAUUAAACACAUUAUAUGCUGGGGAGAGGCAAACCACCCUUUUAGAGCCCUUUUCCAGAGUUCUUUCAUUUCUAUUUGAAGGACGGUGUCGGUCUUGUAAAAGUGACCAAUUAAACAAUUAACUUCUUCAACUGGGCAUCUGACUUCAAACAUGGGUGAUGCGUGAUACCUGACUAUACCUUAGACUUUGUUUUACAGCUUCUUAAAUUGAAGUGUGUUGCCGGAGUUGUUCUUAAAUGCUUCCACUUCAGGCAAAUUUAGUUUCAUGUUUUUUUCUGUUAUUUUAGUGGACUUAUCAGUAUUGGAUAGUUUAUGUAUGUUAAUGUUUAUUGACAAAAAACAAAGCUUCCAUUUUGGGGGAGGGUGAGUGAUGAUGUGGAUUUUCUGAUGGUUCAGAGGCUGUUUAGAUCCAUCAACUCCCCCCCUCCCCUCCCCCAUGUCUGUGUUUUAAAAUGGCUGGAAACCAGUCAGUCGUCACUGCUGGAUACUCUGUUUGGGAAUUUUUGUAUGUAUUUAUAUCUACAUGACAGUUGAAGGUACAGCAAAGAGGAAAUGUCGUGUACUGAAAGCAUGUCCCCUAGGAUUUGCCCUUCAAAUGGCAGUAUUAUCACAGGUCAAAUAAUUUAACAUUUUGAUUACUGAAGAAUUUUUAACUGUAGAGGUCAAGAGAGCUACCCAGUGUACAACAGAAGUGGUCCCAAAGUUAACUUGUAUGUUCAGUUAGAUUGUUUACUUUAGCAGGUAUAGGAUCCCAUCACUGUCAGUCAAACUCAGGAAGGUUUCUGAGAAUAGUCUUUUAAAACCAUGUUCAGCAAUUUACACACUGGCCAUUUCUUUGUAAAUAUGAAACACUAUUUUAUUGCCUUUUACCUGUGGGAGAGGGAACAUCUCUACUUGCCAUAGGCUAGCAAUGGAAGAACUCAUCACCACUGAUGUGGCCGUCCAUCUGAGGAGAGAAAUGAGCAGAGACUAAAGAAUAAGGCUGGUGUCGGUAUCUUUUCAUUAUAGACAAAUCCCAUGAAAAGGCCAGAAACCAACAGUUUGUCCUAACAAGAAUGAUCGGUGCAGCUGUGGCUUGAUAUGCUUAUCCCUCCAAUACCAUAGAACUCCAUUGUUGUCAAAAAACUGUUGAAGACUCAUUAAGCAGCCACACCAGUGAAUUGGUUAGCAUGCUUCUUCAUUGACAUGAACACUGAGCGUAGUUUAUGGCCUUCAGAUUGUCGAAUUAGCUCCUUGCCGGUUCAUGUCAUAUUUGGUGCGACUCUUCAGAGACUAAAACUGAAGUCACAGAAAUAUUUGAGACAAAACAAACACUUCAUUAUUAUUCUCAUUGAAGGAACACGUCACCCAGUGCAGCGGCAUGGUUGGCGUUUAGUUUAGUUAUUUUAACUGUAUAGUUCUGUGGCACAGUGUUGGCAGUAUGAGGCUGUAGCUACACAGAUCAACCUGUCAGCUGGCUGAACUCAAUUUUGGUUGUAGUUUCUUCAGGAACAUGAUCUGUUAUAAAGAGACAACUCCAGCCAUAUCCUUUGAAGCUGAAUUUUCUCUGUAGAUCUCACUUGCAUAGCUCAGAGUGUUAUUUUAUUGUUUGUUUCUGGGUUUCUUUUAAUCCUGGCAGUUCAUCUUCACUGGAGAAUUGAGGCUGUGAUCACAAAGGAGGCUUUAUUUCCCAAACAAAGCUCAGGUGUACCUGGAAGUGUAAGAUGUCAGAGAAGCAGAGUAGCAUUAGAUCAUUUCAAUUUCAUACAUGCUUUUCAUAGGAAGUCAUUACUGAGAAUAUGUGUUUAUGGUUUAAGCAUCAAGAUUGAAACAACUUUUUGAAGUGGCAACCAACGACAACUGGGCCAGAACACAAGCCUCAUUCAAACAUGGGAGGGCAGCACUUGCUAUAUGAAUUUGAGAGAUAUUGGACAGGUCAGUUCCAAAAAUCACCAGUACUAUCGUAGUAUCACAGCAAAUACCAAGAUAGUUGUGGUGCAUAAAGACGACCAUCAGUACACUGUGUUGCAUUCUUGCCAGUCCUGUUGACUAGAACACAGCCGUCUGGUCCAAUGAAUCCUGGCUCUGGAUCAGGACCAAAAAGUAAUGAAUCCUGAUUCCAGUUUUACCCCGCAAUAGAUAAUACCAUGAUGUCAGAGCAGACUAACAUUGUACCAGACGAAGGUCUUCCUUUCAUGCCUGAACCCAGAGAGGGCAAGAUACUUUGACCAUUGCAUUGUUUUAUUGUUCAGAGUCGAUGCUAUCCAGCAUUCUUAGAUUGUCUUGAAUGCAGUAUUGGUGGAAAAGCACCAUCUAACUUCAACCUUGGGUGUUGAUGUUUGCAUCGUCAGUUCAUCAUUAAAACACUAAAAGUCUGUCACAAUGUUUGUGGCAGUUAUCGGGCCUGAGCUGAACAGUUUUUUGUUAUUUGCGUCACUGAGUCCGUUUACUUCGAACAAAGAAGGUUGUUCUAUGUCAUGUGACCAUCGCUAAAGACGAGAACGUUUCUACCUGUUCUGGAAGCCACACUCGACUUCAACACAGUCUAAUCCCAGAGAACUGUGGGGCGAAGGCAUUAGCUCCAGAAUUCCACCUGACUAGGUUGGAGAUGUGCGCUUGUCACGACCACAGUGACUGAACCAAGGAGCCAACAUGUUAAGUUAUUUCUCUUUUGUGAUCUCAGCCUCAACAGUUUCUGCACCAGGCACCUGUAUGUCCCACUCUCCCCUGGUGGAGUGAAACUAGUUGUAGAUGUGAAGCCUGUUUGUAGGUUAGGUCCUUUUUUCAGCACAUGAACUCUGGAGCACUUGCAGCAGACUGUAGGAUGUGCACACUACAGAAGAGUGGUACUAAGAGGGGCAUUUCAAUUUGGUGGAAUGAGACAAUGAUUGGUGUUUGUUUUACAGCUCACCUGGCCACAUCUGCAUUUUGGCAGACCAGAUGUUAGCCCCUUAAUUUCAUUGUAUGCAUGCCAACACUGUCCAAGGGAAACGCUCGAAUGUGUACUGGCAUUAUGAUCUUUGAAAUUGAUUAAUUUCCCAUCUUUAUUUUUAUUUUUUUUUCAAUGUUGCAUGUGGAUGACUGAGCUUGUCCAGUGUAGGGUUGAUUUCAAAAACCAUAAUUAGAAGGCUAGUGACUUUUUAUGAAAACAAAACACUAAAAAAAAUUAGGAUGAAAGGAAGUGUGUGGUGUCAUUUGUCCUUCUCCAGUGGCCGUAAACAAGUGUGCCUGAAAUACUUUGCAAGACUUUUCCACACGUUGAUGCUUCCUCCUCUAGAUGUGCUGUGUGAUGGAAUAGUUUUGUGAGGGAAGCCUUCAUCAGUUCAGACGGCCCAGCGCUCCACAGGUCUGGCAAUCAAACUAUGUUGUGAUUUAGCUUUUUUAUUUUUUCAACCUAAUGAUUGUGAAGUUCUUGAACUUCAGGAACAACCUUGCAACAUGAAUUGAGAUCUUUAUGUGGCUCAACGUCAUGCAAAUGUAUCAAUGACAUUUAACCAUGUGGUUUAAUUUUUUAAUUUGACUCCAACCUAAUGUGAAAAACAUUAUUUGGCCAAAUAAUGUUUUGGAAGAUUAUUUUUAUUUUCUGUGAAGUUUGUAUGAUGAAUUUGGCAGAUGUGAAGGCAGAUGAAUGUAUAUCUUUGUACAAACCAUUUAGUUCAGAGGACAUGUUAGUUAUGACAGACACAUGCAAGAAAAAAAAUAACCUUUUAUAAAUCUUUUUGUAUUAGAACAUUAACAAUGGUAAUUUUUGUAUAUACGAAGGCUAGGCUUUCUGAUUAGCAGAAAGGUAAAACAUUCCUACAUUUUUUUUUAAAUGUAUGUCCAUUGAGAAUAAUUAUGUUAACAUAUGAGCAAUGUUUUAUGUGCCUUUUAUUUGGGUUUGUCUAAAUAAAAGAAAACAAUAAAACAUGAUUGUGGACUGUCCAUGCUGAGUACCGCAGGAAAGUUAAUACUGUUCAUCUCAGCUGAAUCUCCAGACUGACCCCCCUGCACUCGAGACGCUCCUCUAGAUCAGGAGAGAUGUACUCCUUUCUGGUUUUGGUUGCUUUUCCUAGCUUUAGUCGAGGUUUCUGGGAGGCUGAGAUGUUUGCUGAAGUCCCCGGUCUGUAUGGAUGUUUCUGAUCUCCAGACUACUCAGUGUCUUCACCGGCUCACAGGCUCAGUUGGCCUGCUCAUGAUGAAAGUGCCUCUGUGACUUUGCUUAUUGGAGUGGAUUGUGGGGGAUUUUGUGCCAAACCAUAGUCUGUAUGUGACAACAAAAACAUUUUGGUGUUUUUUCAUUCUUUAACUAUUAAACUUGCAAAAUGUUAAGGGGCUGUGUGACGUGUGUCUUUGUUUGACAUUCAGAGGUUAACUGACGUCUGAAUGAGCAAAGAUUAGCUGCUGAACAAUGUUAAGGAGUCCUGUUUACUGACAUACCACAAGUGUAUUUUACACAUCGUAUGGCCAAAAGUAUGUGGACCUCAUUUUCCACAUAGUCUGGUGUGUGGCUGUUUUUCCUGGUUUGGGUUAGGUCCCUUAGUUCCAGGCAAGAGAGAUCGUAAUGCUCCAGCAUGAAACGAUGUUAGACUCGCGUGAGUUUCCAACUUGGAGAAGAAAUGUUCCUGUGUAUACAACCAGGUCCAUAAAGAAAUGAUUUUUCCUAGUUUGGUGUACGAAACCACGACUGUCCUGCACGGAGCCCAGACCUCAACUCUCGCUCACCUCCGGGAUGAACUGGAGCCAGACCUGAUCACCAGCAUCGGAAGAGUGGAAGCUCUUGGAGCAGCACGUUAGUAUGCAUGGUGUCAGAAUGCCGUGUUACACUAUCACACAUGGAGGGAAUGUUCAGGUGUCCACAUAAUUAUGGCCAUGUAGUGUAACAAAAUCCAAAGAAUCAAGGCAAGCACAGUGUUGAGCAGUGUUAUUAUCUGCAGAUAAGAGUUUGACACUUUGGAAACAGGUCAGUGUCUUUAGCGGAUUGUUGCGUUCUCACAAUGUGUGGCUUGAUGCACAGCUGCCUUCUUGUCUUGGAGCCACUAGAGGUCCCUGUAGUCAAACGUCUGCUCUCGUGGUGUACAUGAAAUGUAUCUGCUGCUCAGUCCUUAUUAAGAUGUUGCCAUGUUCACUAAUAAAGGUUACUCUAACU